UGAACGUCAGUAGGCCCGAGGAUCAUGUAAUCCUCGGGUGGCACCAAAAUGCCUGCAGUCGAGCAUACCGGUUCCGACCCAGGCCGUCAGUCAGCCUGUCGUAGGAAGCUGUGUGUGGUAUUUACAAAGCAAGAAGGGGGUGAACAUGGCUGUGGACUUGGUCGUGAAUGACGACGAGGUAGUGGUCGCUUUGCGGGAUGGCGGGCUUUCAAGUGAUGAUCACGAAAGUCCGGAACUGGCCUGGAUGAUGGCCUGCGAGAUGCUCCAAAGCCCCGAACCGUGGUCUUUCCUAACGGCAAGUGCAUCAAGCCAUCUCAUGUUCUCACGAAAAAGGUGGAGAGGAGUGUUGGGAGUGCUGUGCGUAUGUUGGAGCGGGCCGUUGUCCAAACACUCGCUCAUAGCUUACUACAGCUUGGGGUUAAGAGCCCCCAGCCCAGCCUCCCCAGUCUCGAAUAAAUAUCUUUUGUCGGUCCCAACCAACGUCCCCUUUUCCCUCUCGCAACCCGUGCAACCGCCAUUUCCACUCCCUCUCGCCAUCACACAUUCUCGGUGCGCGCACAACCACUCGACCACAUCGGUCCAUCCGUCGACCAGAGUCCAGCCAGGUCUCAAUCCAGGCACGCCCAGAGCAUCAAGGAAUAUCCAUCCGCAUCGCUGCUGUCUGCUUCCGCAUUUGCCCGCGGGCCCCUUUCGAGUGUCUUGUCAGCCAUCUGGCUGGAACCUGGACUUUGCACGUACUAGGUGAGUGAUAAACUACCCCUGGCGUUCCAACCCGACCCUCCCUCUUUCUCUCCUCCA